CCGACCGUCUUCGCCGCGGAUUGUCGAUCGGACGGUCCAGACAAGACUUGAAAGACUUGGAUCGCGAUCGCACUGACGCCAGAGAUGCCAAGCGUCGCGUAGGAUCACCUGACUGGCACCCAGGUCCCACAUGGCAGUGGGUUCCGCCUUCACCUAACGCUCCGGUUCGUCUCCCCACCUCGCGCCGCCGCCGCAGCCGCCGCGCGGGUCGCCGGAUUCCGCCGCCCCCGCGUUCUCCCCGCCCCUCCCGAGUCCUGACUCCUCAGAAGUGGUUCGUUUCUUCGGGGACCAAUCCCCCCGCGGAUCAUGGCGUCACUGGCUUCCCCCUCCCUCUCCCUCCACACCGUCCCGGGGCGGGCGCGCCUUGCUGCUGCCGCGGGGGCGCCACCGCGGCGGCGGAGGGUGGCUGUAGUGCGGGCGAAGGUGCGGGAGAUUUUCAUGCCGGCGCUGAGCUCGACGAUGACGGAGGGGAAGAUCGUCUCCUGGACCGCCGCCGAGGGGGACCGCGUCGCCAAGGGCGACCCCGUGGUGGUCGUCGAGUCCGACAAGGCCGACAUGGACGUGGAGACGUUCCACGACGGAAUCGUCGCAGCCGUCCUCGUCCCGGCCGGCGGGACCGCGCCCGUGGGAGCCCCCAUCGCCCUCCUCGCCGAGUCCGAGGAGGAGGUCGCGCUGGCGCAGGCGCGCGCCCAGGCCCUCUCCCAGGGGCCGAGCCGGGAACCCCAUCCACCCCAUGCCGUUGCCGCUGCCGCCCGGGCGCCACCUCCUCCAGCGCCAGUGGCGGCUCCAGCGACAAAAGGCAUUGCGACGCCUUACGCCAAGAAGCUCGCGAAGCAGCACAGGGUGGACAUCGCCGCUGUUGUCGGUACGGGACCACACGGGCGCGUCACGGCGGCUGACAUUCAGGCAGCUGCUGGCAUCAAUCCGAAGCCAAAGGUCGCUCCACCUCCACCUCCACCUCCACCCGCACCCCCUGCCGCUGUUCGCCCUGCGCCUCCGAUGGCCUCGGGUGCAGUGCUGCCACCACUGCCCGGUGGCAGGGUGGUGCCGUUCACAACAAUGCAGGCGGCGGUGAGCAGGAACAUGGUGGAGAGCUUGUCAGUGCCAACGUUCCGGGUUGGCUACUCCAUGACCACUGAUAAGCUGGACGCUCUCUAUGAAAAGGUUAAGUCGAAGGGGGUUACAAAGACAGUGCUGCUGGUGAAGGCAGCAGCCAUGGCGCUAACCCAGCACCCUGCUGUAAAUGCUAGCUGCAGAGAUGGAAAGAGCUUUAGCUACAACACUAAUGUGAACAUUGGAGUGGCUGUUGCACUCGAGGGUGGUCUUCUUACGCCUGUCCUGGAGGAUGCUGAUAAGUUGGAUAUAUAUCUGCUUGCACAAAAGUGGAGAGUUCUGCUCAAGAAGGCACGCACCAAGCAACUACAACCAAAUGAAUACAACUCAGGGACAUUUACGCUGUCCAAUUUGGGUAUGUUUGGGGUGGAUAGAUUUGAUGCAAUCCUUCCAGCUGGUCAGGGAGCUAUCAUGGCUGUUGGAACAUCAAAACCUACUGUGGUGGCUGAUAAGGAUGGUUUCUUCAGUAUCAAGAGUGAAAUGCUGGUGAACGUUACUGCUGAUCACAGGAUUAUCUACGGUGCUGAUUUGGCAGCAUUCCUGCAGACGUUUGCAAAGAUUGUUGAGGAUCCUGAAGGCCUCACAUUGUAAAGAAAGUCCCAUAUGACGGUUGUAUGAUUUCUUUGAUUCCUAAUUGGGAGACAAUGCCAGUAAAUAAUAAUGCUAUGUAGGUAUUAAAAGAAGAAUAAUGAGCCACUACUUAAUUUUGUUUCAACAGAGAACUUUGUUUCUAGUUUGUAUACACUUCCAAAUCAUGGACCUGUGUGUUAUCAAUUUGGGUAUACCUUUUUCUUGGAUGCAGAUCCUGAUUCAAGAAAUAAUAAAUAGUAUGCACACUA